AUGGCGACCGAGACGCAAACCGUAUAUACCACGUCGAUACCGACACACAUCCCCCAUACCUCGGCGAUGCAAAAACUGUUCACCGGCAAGCCAAACGUCUUACACAAACGGCGGCGUAACCCCUUCCAGCGCUUGGUCGACUGCGUCCGACUUGGAUACUACCGAUACGAGGUGACUUUUGGUCUUUACGUGAUGACAUGGGCUGAGAAGUGUGUCACCAACAUCAUUGUGUUGACUGUCUUGGGGCUGUUGUUAUGGGCACUAGCUUUCUACUUCCCGUCAAUACUGUACCACAAGCUCACUCGUCUGGUGUGGCUACUUACCGGCCACAGCGACGCAGGAGUCAGGGUACCGGUGAUCAUUGACAAGCACGGGAAGUAUAUGUCGCCUUCAUCAGUUGCCUAA